AUGAAAUUUUGUUUUGAAAGUGUGAAAUUGGUGAAAAAGCAAUAAAAUAUGUGUUAAAAGUGUCGCAUAAUUGGCUGUGGGAAGGAGAUAAAAAAAAUUUUUUUGAAAAUAUAUAUAUUUUUUACUGUUGGAAUUUGAGACCAAUUGAGCAAAAACACCUGAAAUCGAUUUGCAAAACAACUCAGCCUGAGUACAGCCAGCGUGUAUUGGGAGCGACUCUUCAACAUUUAUUCCGUAAUAGAAUUCUUGUUAGCGACGAGGUGUAGCGCUAUAAAGCCGAAUGCAGUAUCUCACUUACGCACUGCAAACAUCCUCACGUUUCCUCACAACGUCCAACACCACAACCUACACUAAUACCGCCUACAACACCAAUAACAACAAUUACACUAACCCGCAUUUGAAUACCGUAAACAGUGCACAAACCAUUUCCAACAACAGCAACAUUGGCACAAACCGCCCGACGCAUAACCCCAGCAACAACAAUAAAAGUAACAACAACAACAUUAGCAAUACGAAUAACAAUCCACAACAGCCGCGAAACCUAUUGACGAGCAACACAAACAUAUUAGCAACAACAACAACACCACCAACAACAACACGUCGCAGGUACAGUGAUAACUUGACGUUAGCAGGUACGCCAGCAACAGCGGCGGCAUCGGCAACAACAAUUAAAACGUACGAACAAACAACAACAGCAACGGCAGUUGGCAGAACCGCUGAGGGAGCAACAACUACAACAACACUACCACCACUAAACAACACUUGCUACGAGUGCCAUUGCAGCGCCUCAACAGCAUACGCCGGUGUAGCACCAACAACAACAGCAACAACAACAUCGUGCCGUACAACAGCGCCCACCGCGACCGCAUCCGCCUCAGCAGCGACAACGGCGCCGCAAAGCCAAUGAAAUUUACUAACGAUUAAUGUUAGCAUUGCGCGCAAUAAACUGCUUUCAUUCUUCAAUCGCGACAUGGCCGCAACGGAUGGCCAAAUAAUAUUGGCCGCCUCUCGCUUCGACGACAGCGAACCGUCGGUGUAUUUGCGCGAAUUCUCUAAGCAAAAACUACCCGCUGUUGCGAAAAUUGUCAAGGGCCAACAUCAGAAUCUCGGCGUGCCGACUCUAUCGGCGCCAUCGCUGCAGAGUAAGGCGCUAUUUUUGAGCGCAGGCAAAAAGUAUCAAAUACUCGCACAGCCGAUAAAAAUCAAAGAGGGACGAAAGACGACAAAUGUCGGCGCAAAGGUGCUCAUACCGGAAACAUAUCCCGGUUACUUUGAGCUACUCAGCGAAGAUGGCCGUUCGACGCGUUGUAUUGAUUCGGUGCUCGAGCUAUCGAAGCGUCGCAAUUUACGCGUUUUGGUGCGUGAAACGUUCCGCUGUACGCAGAUGAAUCGCACCAUACACGCCGGUGAGCUGUUGACGACGAUGAACGAUAAUGGCAAAUACUUGCAGUGCAAGAAUAUCAAAGAUGAGAUCAUCAAUUUGCCACUCGAUACCAAAGCGAAAUUCUCACCGAUCGCCAAGGAAGAUAGCAUUAGUGGUGUGCACACGGUGAAGAAUCUCCUACUCAAACGGAUGCCAGUCAUUGUGAGACUUGUUCAUGGCAGUGCACCCAAAGGUCUCAAGCAACCCUUCGUACCAGAGCUACGUCUACUAGGCUGUGUGGAAAUUGAUCGCAUAUUUGCGCUCCCCCUCCAGAAGGAUAACGAUUUGGUGCCAGUACCGUUAAAUGUGAAAAUAAAAUUACAACGCGCACGUAAUAUGGAGCAGCUGGAACAUUUUAUAGAGUAUACCAGAUUUCUGGAGAAGGCGCAGCGUCUGCUCUCGGAUGCACGCGAUCGGCUGCAAAUCGUCGAUCUUAAGUUAUCGGAGAAGGAAAAGAAAGACUCAAAAUUCAGUAGUCGAAAUAAAUUACCCGUGGUUAUGUUGCCAUCAGCAGCCGUGGCCGGCGGCCUCAUGGAGAACGGCUAUGUGCUGCGUAAGAGCGCCAGCUGUGAUGCAUAUGGCAAGGGUAUUGGUGGUGCCAGCAGUGUACUCACAAGCGCUGAGAUCGCCGAAGAGUACAACGAAAUCGAUCAUAUUUACGAUUAUGUGCGGGGUCUAACGCCACUCUCCAAGGGUUUGUCACGCUUCGAGCCGAUCUGUGAAACACCGACAAUCAAGUCACAUCAUACCGAUAGUAGCGGUAAUUACUGUAGUCUCAUACGUGUGGGUGCGCAGGCGGGUGGCAGCAACAACAACAAUAGCAACAAUAAUGGUAAUAGCUUAAAUGCCAGCAGCGGCAGCAACACAAAUCACAGUGGCGGCGGUGGCAGCGGCAAUAACAACAAUAACAACUACAGCAGUUUAGAGUCGGUGAAACACACGGCGGCGACGACAACAACACACACAAACACGAACAGCAGUCACAAUAGCAGUAAUCCAAGUCACCACAACAACACUGGUGGCAGCGGUGGCAGUAUUGGCGGCAGUCAUCACCAUCACCACCAUCAUCAGAGUCACAGCCACAAUCAUCACAGCCACAGCACACACCCACACCUACACCCGCAUGCGCACCCCCACGCACAUCAGUCAAGCGGCAGUGGCGGCGCAUUGGUCAACCACUACCAUCAUAGCCAUGUACAAGAAGAUAUCAAACCAGUGCCACCGCCCAUCGAGACGAUACCGGGUAAAAAGUUGCCAGAAAAACGGCAACGUCCCACACUACCAAAGCUUUAUCUGAAGAAUACGCAUAGUACGGGUAGCAAUGCAGUCAAUGGUGCGUCAGCAGCAGCUGCAGCAGCCGCAGCGUCAGCCAGUCAUCAUCAUCAUCAUCACCAUCAUUCAGCGCAGACGCAACACCCACACGUCAGCAGUUCGACGGCAGCUGUGGUCAGUGCUACAGCAGCAGCGGUGGCAGCACAUCAUGCAGUCCAUCAUCACCAUGGCGGCAAAGUGCUGACACCGAGCAAUAGCAACAACAACAAUAAUGGACCAUUAAGCGCUGGUAUUUUAGGACCGAAUAAAGAAUGCAUUCUGGAGCCACAAUCACCGCUCUUUCACAUAAGAUACAAGAGCCUCAGCAGCCUUCAGCUGACGCCUGAAAACACCUCCAUAAACGCCACACCGAUCUCAAGUAAUCCCAAAGGCAACAACAACAACCAGACAACCGCAAUACCACCUGAUGUGGUACUCAAAUGUAACAGCAUCCUUAACCAUCAAUCGCAUCAUAUGCCACACCUACCACCACCACCACCGCCACCGCUCACUAAAAGCGCCAGUACAGCUGGUGGCUUAGCAGCUGUAGCUGGCUUAGGUAUGGGCGGUGUGGGCGUAAUACAUCACAAUCCACGCGAAGGUACACUCGACUCGUCACGCAGCGGCGGACGUACCUCUGGCGAUUCAAAUAAAUUGCCCGAAAAGAAGACGCGUCGCUUAUCACGUCCGCGUAGUCUAUCGAAUUUAGUCUGGGAUUUGCGGCCAUCCAAAGAGAAGUCAAAAAAGAAAUUAUAUAUACACCAUUUUGAUCAUCGCCAACAGGCGACAUUAUAUUUGUAGUCGCAUGAUAAAUAGGAUGUGUGUUUGUAAGUGUGUAUGCGUGCGGAGUUAAAGCGAGGCAAGUUGUCGUCGUCGUGAAAAAUGCCAUAUACAGACUUUAAAUAAAUUGCAAUCUUAGAGAUAAAGAUUGAGCAGAAGAGUAUACGUUUGCUGUGGAGUACACGAAGUCGAUGUGUACCAAUGAAAGAGGAAUGAUGUUGCCAUCACUUAAGUAAAUAAAAUGAAAAAAAUAUACCUACUAAGGGCAAAUUAAUGUAUUAUCUUAAGCUUCUAAUCCGAUAACUAUGUCCAAAUGAAAAAUGGCACUUUUAAUAUCAACGACAAAGUCAAUUUCACAAUUUUCGAAAGUUUCAAACUGAUGUAUACAAACAAAGGAAAAACGAAGACAGAAAUUUUAAAUUAUUGAAUCCACUUAAAUAAAUAUAUAUAAACAAAUUUUAAACAUAAUC